AUGGAGACUCAAAAGUAUCCUGUUGUCCCUGGGCAUGAGAUUGCAGGCAUUGUAAAAGAGGUGGGUUCCAAUGUUCAGCGCUUCAAAGUUGGUGACCAUAUGGGAGUGGGAACUCAUGUCAACUCAUGCAGAGAUUGUGAGUACUGCAACGACAGAUUUAAUGGUGUUGGUGUUGAUGGUACAAUCGCAAAAGGAGGAUACUCCAGUCAUAUAGUUGUCCAUGAAGGAAAACUAUCCAUUGGCUUCGGCAGCUCCUCUACUUUGUGCUGGAAUUACUGUUUAUGCUUCGAUGGUACGCCACAAGAUGAACCAACAUGCACUAGCAUAUCCAAGAAAGAGAAAGCUUUAAGUCAGCUGGGUGCAGAUAACUUUGUGGUCUCAUCUGACAGAAAUCAGAUGAAGGCCCUGGUGAAGUCAGUAGACUUUAUAAUUGAUAUAGCAUCUGUCAAAAUCAGUCCUGCCAACCUUAAUAUCGGUAUGAAAACCAUUUCUGGUAGUGUAACAGGUGGAACAAAGGAUAUCCAAGAAAUGAUAGAUUUCUGUGCUGCAAAUGGAAUUCAUCCAAUGAUUGAAAUAAUUCCAAUUCAAUCUGCAAAUGAAGCUAUUGAGAGGCUACUAAAAAGUGUUGUGAUAUACCGUUCUGGUCUUAUGGUGGGAUUCCCCAGUGAAGUCAAAAUCAGUCCUGCCAACCUUCAUAUCGGUAUGAAAACCUUUUCUGGUAGUGUAACAGGUGGAACAAAGGAUAUCCAAGAAAUGAUAGAUUUCUUUGCUUCAAAUGGAAUUCAUCCAAUGAUUGAAAAAUUCCAAUUCAAUCUGCAAAUGAAGCUAUUGAGAGGCUACUAA